GUGUCUAACCCAACUGUCUGAAGAUUGUGAUUGCAUUUGGAUUAACCUGGAGGGCGAAUAAGGGGAGGGGAUGGCCGCCAUCCCGUGGCCGUGGGUUUGAUUCUGCAUUGGAGGGUCCAAAGAGUUGGCUGGAGUUGCACGUAUACCCAAAAAAAAAAGGAAAAAAGAAGUGAUUGAAGGAUGGAUUUUCUGUACGAAAUUUGAUGCAGACCCUGUAAAUACCACCUUCCCUAUUUCCUUUAUCCAGUAUUUUGGGCUCCAGGCCGCCAUUGUUGUCACGUAGAAGCUUCCAGUGUCGGGGAAACUGGUUUUCCAUUCUAGUGUGUGUGUUAUUUCCAUUAACAGGCGCGGAGAAGGGAUUGCAAAAUCCCAUAUACCCAUUUUGCUAUUUUGGUUGUGGAUGGAUGAGCUCGUCGUUUGCUGCUCUCGGUUUCCACGACCGACGCAUGCCUUCGCUGCUCUGCUAUUUAUGGAGGACAACUUCCCAUGUGACUAAACAGUAAACCUAUCCUCUUCGCUCCUAAAACGCCCAUGUCCAUGUCCACCUUCCACCAUUCGUAGAAGUCCAGAGCCAAACACCCCCACCUUCCUCUGCUCCUCAUCUUUCUUCCUAGUCUCUUCAAUGGCGUUCAUGUCUAGAUUUGUUCUCAAGGAUUGUAAAUUGCUGGCGUUCGACGCUCCUUACAACCCAAAUUUCCAUCUUCCUGCAAGAAGGCUUCAAACCCAUCUUGAAAUAAAGGGGGGACUUUCUUUACCCGGGAAUGCAAGAUGGGCAAUGGAAUACAAGCCCCGGAGCCCGAUUGUCACCGCCUCACCUGUUUCUUCAAUUAGUCAAUCUUCUAGGGCCGCCCUUGCUUUGUCAAAGGCCUCAACAAAUGUCUCUGGAGAUGUUCCUAGUAGCACUUUGAGUGGAAUGAGCCAGUACGAGAGGAUAAUUGAAACAUUGACAACUCUUUUUCCUCUGUGGGUCAUGGUUGGCACCAUCAUUGGCAUCUACAAACCAGCCGUUGUAACCUGGUUGGAAACAGACCUUUUCACUGUUGGCUUGGGUUUCCUCAUGCUUUCAAUGGGAUUGACAUUGACGUUUGAGGAUUUCAGACGAUGUCUACGAAAUCCAUGGACUGUGGGUGUAGGAUUUCUGGCUCAAUACUUAAUCAAACCUAUGUUAGGCUUCUUUAUUUCUAUGACUCUAAAACUGUCUGCACCUCUUGCAACUGGUCUCAUUUUGGUCUCAUGCUGCCCUGGAGGACAGGCAUCAAAUGUUGCAACCUAUAUAUCAAAGGGAAAUGUAGCACUAUCUGUUCUCAUGACGACGUGUUCGACUGUAGGAGCUAUUGUUAUGACACCACUUCUAACUAAGCUUCUUGCAGGUCAGCUUGUUCCAGUUGAUGCUGCAGGUCUGGCCAUCAGCACUUUUCAGGUUGUUUUAGUACCAACAGUUGUUGGAGUGCUUUUGAACGAGCUUUUCCCAAAAUUCACUUCAAAGAUCGUCACAGUAACGCCUUUAAUUGGAGUUAUCCUCACAACCCUACUUUGUGCAAGCCCUAUUGGGCAAGUUUCAGAUGUCCUUAAAACCCAAGGAGCCCAAUUAGUAUUACCUGUGGCUAUCCUACAUGCUGCUGCAUUUGCCCUUGGUUAUUUGGUUUCGAGAACAUCGUUUGGUGAAUCUACUUCUCGCACCAUUUCCAUAGAAUGUGGGAUGCAGGGUUGUGCGACCCGUAGGCGGGACUUAAUCCUGGUUGGCCUACCAGAGUUCGGCGCUUGGAUUUUUGCUCGCCCAGAAACAUUUUACAAACCCUCUUGUAGCCGUCCCUUCUGCUGUAAGCGUCGUAUGCAUGGCGCUUGGUGGGAGUGCUUUAGCGGUCUUUUGGAGGAACAACCCAAUUUCUGCUGAUGACAAGGAUGAUUUCAAGGAGUGAAAGAUCUACCCCUUCCAUUCCAUAUUUAAUGGGCUGAUUCUCUCUGAUGUCUAAUUGCUUUAGGGAUCUCGGGGUUUUGAGCAAAGGGAAGGGGGUAUAUAAUAAUUUGCCACGCCUUGCAAUAUUUCUGGGAAACGUUUUGGGUCCACGUUGUUCUUUAUGUUUGGGUCAGGAGCAUUGCAACUACAUAAAUGGAAAUCAAACUAAGGAGAAAUAAAAGAAAAAUCAUGAAUUUGGACUUCCAAGUAA